UACCCGGAAGUAGCGUCCCUGCUCGUGCUAUUAUAAAAAAAAAGUAUGCGUUUUGAUUGUAAUAGUUUUUAAACUAAAUUGUGUGGUAGAAAUGAUUAAUACACUAACGGUGCUGCAUUUUUAUUUUUUAUUUUUUUAAAGCGUGUAUGUUACCACUUCCGGAUUAUGAAGUUUAACGCCCGCCUUUUCCUGCGCGACGUCAUUGACCCCGCCCCUAUUUGGAAAGUCAUGGGAGUGCCAAAACAUAGGGCAGGACAAGGGAAUCAAAAUGGGAGACAGCUUCCACGAGCAGUUAAAGACGGACAGCUGGUUCCUGAAGUCGGACCGGCGCCUGGACACCGAGCUGGUUGAUAAGAUCAUUCUGCAGCUGAACAGAAUCUACCCUCAGAUCCUCACUGACAAGGAGGCCACCAAGUUCCGGGAUCUGGACGUACCCACAUGUGUGCGACUUGCUGAGCUGCUCACACACCUGCAGGAGAAAGGGGAGGAAGCGUGCAGAGAGUUUUACCGUGCGCUUCACCUGCACGUGGAGGACGUGUACUUCAGCCUUCCUACACGCCUCCGCCGCCGCCUGGAAUCUGUGGAUCCGGGGAUGAGACCUGCCGUCAGACCCACGGACAGAUACGCCUUAAACCAGCAGGGUCCGCUGUUCUUUCUCAGCUGUUUCAGUGCAGCAGUAGGAGCGGCCUUGCUGUAUUAUUAUGGAGAUGUAAAGGCAGCGUCGGGUUCGAGCAGCGCUCUGGGCUUCGCCGCUCUCGGGAUCGGCAGGAAGGUCCGAGAGGUUCUGAUCUGGUACACAGAAGACGGGCUGGGGAGAUAACCUCACGCCGUUACAGUUUUUAACAGUUUCAUACUAACGCACUCCGUGUGCCCGGGAUCAUACGGCGGGGUUUAAGUGCCUUACAACGUUCGUUCGUUCGUUCGUUUGUUUGUGUUUAGUUUAGUUUAAAGGAUCGUAUACAUACCGUAAAUGAUAUAACGGAACAGUUUUCAAACUUCUCUCUGGUUAACUUUUCCACCAGAAGUCUAGAUCUCUAGGUUUUGUUUUCUCUCCAGGUGUGAAUGCACGCGUCAGAGCUGAGGAAACACUGCGCUCGGACACCACCGAACCCGAAAACGAAACGUUUCACCUCGUAUACACGUGUGUGUCCUCACAGGGACUUCCUAUGCACUGAUCUUAUCCGAAUCUAGGCAUGCGCCGAUAAUCAGUCGGUCAGUACAUCGUAACAAUAUGACUAGGGUAUUAUCGUGGGCACUGUAGCUAACGCUACAAAGACACUACGAGACCUGACCGAGUUGCGUCUGUAACCCUGCGUUCGAUCGUCCGAGGUCGUUUCAUCGCGUCAUACCUGACACGCGGAACUGAGCACGCCUUUGUCACUUUUUGAUCGUACGUAAUCCUGCUAACGUUACGAUAAAAUGUUUUCAAAUGACAGCAGCACGGUGAGGUGAUCCGGAUAAAGACACACCCCUGGAGCCGCAUUAGAGAUUCCUAGCUUGUCCCGGCGAACGCGGGCUCCAUCUGACAAAACGUCAAGUACUCAGCUAAAUAGCUGCAAGUAGCUGAACAUACACUAAAGCGGUCGGCCACACGGGGGCGCCGAGCGCGCCACGCACACGUCACAAGCCGUCGACGUCGCCGCUUAGUCGUUUUCACGAUUUUGUGAAUUCACUCAAAAUUGUAGACUCCGUAAAACCCGAUUACGAGCAAAACGUUAAACACGCUUAUCUCAGACCGCAGGGUUAAAGUCACGCAAACGACACGGGGGCCAGUCCUUUAGGAGCUCAUGCUAAUAACCUCCUGCUUAUUCCUGCUCCUCAUUCGCCGUGUGAGAAAGCACGGCUGCUUCGACGUUCUCAAAUAAACGAGGCGUUUAACCAAAUCUGAGGUUUUACGUAAAUGUUUAUAUUCCUAUGAAAGUUUGUUCAGCCUCGAAUGCAUUUCAUUUAAGAGCUACAGCUGUACACGGCGCUCACCUGACACUGUGCCUUAUCUUGCCUUUUUUUUUUUUUUUGUACCAAUUUUACCAAAGCAGAAGCGUUUUACAAAAUAAAUCCAUCCGAACCCCA